AAAAUUCGUCCUUAUAAGAACAGAGUCAUAUAUCUCGAUACAAGGAAGUUCACACAGUAUAGAACAAGAAGAUGACUGCAACUAUAGAUAUUCCUAGAAUGGAAGACUAUAAUGUUUUUCCAAACUCAGGUUUUUUACCUGAGAAACUUCCAUUGGAGAGAUUGCCACAACAGUACUACAAACCUUGGGAAGAUAUUGCAACAAACCUUCCUUCAUUGAUUUUAACCAAAAGAGUAAGAUCUGUUAUUGAUAAGAAGUUACCCUUACUAGAAACUUCACAACUUACAUCAGAAGAAGAGUAUAGAAGGGCAUAUCAGGUCUUGGGAUUUUUAGCACAUGCAUAUAUUUGGGGAACUGAAGAACCAACUAAUAAGCUUCCACCACAAAUAGCACAACCUUGGGUUGAGGUUUCUGAUCACCUUAGAUUACCACCCAUUGCCACAUAUGCCGGUUUAUGUCUUUGGAAUUUCAAGCAAAUCAUUCCCACCGAGGAAGGUGAGGAUAUAUGGGAUUUAGAUAACUUGACCACAAUUAACACAUUUACCGGGUCCAUUGAUGAAAGUUGGUUCUAUUUAGUCAGUGUCUAUUUUGAACAUAAAGGUGCUUUAGCGAUAACUACUGGAUUACAGGCUAUUAAGUGUGCUUAUAAUAAUGAUAUACCAGGUUUGGUUGCUCAACUUCAACAAUUAGCCGAAGCUAUAGAUGCAUUGGGUUCAGUUUUGUUAAGAAUGGAAGAAAUGUGUGAUCCACAUGUAUUUUAUUUCAGAAUCAGACCAUACUUGGCAGGUUGGAAGAAUAUGGCUGAUGUUGGAUUAGAUAAGGAUGGAGUUUUAUAUGGAAAUGAAUCCAAACCUAGAGCAUACUCUGGUGGAUCAAAUGCUCAGAGUUCAUUAAUUCAAUUCUUGGAUAUAUUAUUAGGUGUGAAACAUUACUCUACUGGUGAGAGACCAUUACCAUUCCGUAAGGAUGUUCCCAAGACUGGACCAGAAAAUGGUUUUAUGAAUGAAAUGAGAACAUAUAUGCCUGGGCCACAUCAAGAUUUCUUAAAAAAGAUUCAUGAAAUCACCAAUAUUCAUGACUUUGUAUUACAGAAUGUCGAUACUCAUCCUGAAUUAGUAUUAAGUUAUGAUGGAUGUUUAGCCAUGUUGAAACUGUUUAGAGACAAGCAUAUUCAAAUUGUCACUAGAUACGUGGUGUUACAAGCUAAAAAGACCAACAAUAUGGGUUCAUCCACUACUUUAAGAUCAGGAUUAGCUAGAAAGAAGAAGAAUGGAGGAGAAGAAAAGGGAACUGGAGGAACAUCACUUUUGCCAUUUUUAAAACAAUGUAGAGAUGAAACUGGUGAUCCCGCUGCGGGUAACUGGGGUAAGAGAAUUCUCAGUGAUGGUGUUAUGAGAUUGAAAUAUUCUAAACCAAAUGGAAUAAACGAAGAUUAGAAGGUUUAUGGUGUAGAUAUAGAGUUAUGCUAUAUAGAACUAAUUAAUAUGGCUUUAGUUGAUGCAACGUAGUC